AUGAAAUGUAAGAGAGAGCAUGAGCAUCACGCAGCUGACGAAUGGGUAAUGGCCAAGCCAAGCCCCUUUCUUAGCCCGAAUAUGGAGGAAAAUAAUGAUCAAGAGGACCGAGUUUGGAUAACAUCCAAGAGAAGAGGUCCAAAACCAUUGUCGAUUGACAGAAGCUCAGAAGCUAGACGAAGCCCUCAAGCCCGUGGAAACCUCUCCAACUUCCCCGACAACCUUCUCUGGUCCGAUCACGCGUUAGAAGCAAUAUAUUUGGUCACAAAUCACAUUUAG